AUGUCCCCUCCCGAGAUGAGAGAGAACCGACCCCUACUGGACACGCCGGCUUCUGUAGGCACCUUCGCUCAGCCGACCGCUGGCGAAGUAGCUGAGGUUACUGAAAGGACCGCUCUAUUGACCAAGAAGGAGCAGCACAGUGAAGGACACAAGAAGGAUGCACACUUUCGGAAUAUUGAUGGACGAGGCUUCUGGAUCCUGUUCUCUACCAUUAUCUUUGGCAACAUCAUAGCCUUCUUUGACGGAACACUAAUGGCAUCCGCGCAUCCAGUCAUCACAUCAUAUUUUCAUGCCUCGAAUUCCGCAUCAUGGUUGUCCACGGUCUUCUUCCUGACAUUGACAGUAACACAGCCACUUUACGGACGAGUAUCCGACAUCAUCGGCCGCAGGAAAGUCUACAUCUUCGCUGAGAUCUUGUUCCUGGUAGCGACGGUGUGGUGUGGCGUGGCACCUACCAUGGGUCAUUUCAUCGCGGCCAGGGCUUUGUGCGGGAUGGGAGCUGGAGGAGUUACAUCAGUAUCCAGUAUGAUAACCUCCGAUGUUGUCAAGAUUGAGUACCGUGGGAUCUAUCAAAGUUACUACAACAUGGCUUACGCACUUGGCAAUGGUCUCGGUGCUGCCUUUGGUGGCAUGCUCUGCGACACACUCGGCUGGCGAAUGGCAUUCUUUAUCCAGAUUCCCUGGAUCAUGAUAUUCCUGGUUGCAACCUGCAUUGUCACACCCGACGAUCUCGGGCCCAAUCUCGCGAAAGCACAAGGAAAAACUGUGUGGCAAGCCUUCGAGACAUUCGACUUUCAGGGGUCCGCUGUCGUGACCAUCACAGUCACCAGCUUGAUUCUCGGUAUCAACCUCGGCGGCAACGUGCUCAGCUGGACACACCCGUUCGUCAUCUCUUGCCUUAUCUUGACCAUCGUCGGGGGCUUCUCGAUCGCUCCCGUUUCACGACGCGCUAAGCGCCCAGUCCUUCCGCUCCAUCUCCUCGCCAAGUCACCUAACAGCAACCUGAUGUGGGCCAGUCUCUUCUUCUGCAUAUGUCUCAACAUUGUGCUCUUCAACGUACCAUUGUUCCUUCAGGCCGUACGUCAGACAAGUCCAACAGUCUCUGGCAUGUACUUAGUCGUUCCACUCGUCGGCGUGGGCCUCACAAGCAUCUUCACCGGCUACUUCAUCGCCAUCACGCGCCACAUGCAACCACAGCUAUACGUUGGACAAGCGUUACUGGUGAUAGGCGUCAUUGGCACGAUCUUCUUGAACCAACACAUGCCUACCUGGGCCAUGCUUCUCGUUGUGCCAUGGGUCAACAUUGGCCAGGGUUUCUACUUUCCCACGACCACGAUCGCAACGCUGUCUCUCAACACGCUUGAAGACCAGGCAGUCGUUGUCAGCACACUCGGGCUGUUUCGCUGCAUCGGCUCGAUUCUCGGUGUCGCAGUCAGCAGCUGGAUCCUUCAGAACUCACUGCCAUUCUAUCUGGAGCGUAUGGUCAAGGACGCCGAUCCAGCUAUCAAAGAGAAGAUAGUUCAAGCAGUCAGAGGCAGUGUUGAAGCGAUCAGAGACCUGGACCCUAUCCACAAGGGACAAGUCAUUACUGCGUAUGCAAAAGCGAUGCGCAUCACCUUCGCCAGUGGCUGA